AUCUGGGAUUCUCGUUCAUUCGUGGCGGGGCUUAGCAGAAACGAAACACAAUAUUAUUUAGUUUAGAAUUAUUUUUUUCAUUAGAAAUAGCUCAGUUAAUUAAAUGUGAAAAGUUUUAUGUAUAAAAAAUGUUUAGUGAAACUGUGCCCCGGCCUGGAUCCUUGGAAUAUGCACCGAAGCUAUUGGGGUCAAUGCUAACAUAGCAUGCUAGCUCGUUAGGCUAGGCUUCACUGGUGGUUAUGGCUGAACCCAAAUCGGCUGAACCAUUCUUUCGCCUCUAACAGUAACCCGCGCAAGAGUUAGCUAGAAGAUAUAGUCAUUAUUUAUUAGCAGCGUUUGUGCUUUAAAGCCGAUUUAACUGCAAUUUCAUAGUGACGCUUGCUGAAUAGUUUGGCUAGCGCUAGCUCAUUUAAGGCGCUAACAUGAAGUUGUAGCUCGUCACCAAACCGCUUCUGCCUCGCAGACUAACGGCAUUGUGUGGUACGUAGCCCCGACUCGCUAACAACUACACUACAAAGUUGUAGUGUUACAUGUAAUGAUAAUACAGACUGUUUUCGUUGACCAUAUCGCUGUAUAUUACGCCAAAGUACAACACUGUUAUGGUCAAACUCUUUGUUGAGUAGCAAACUGACGAGGGGGCCUCUGUCUGUAAGUUCGUAGCCUGAUUUGGUAGAAUUGUUUACCAAUCAUGUAAUAGCUGCUGGGGUCGGACGUCAGUAAUGUAGCAUUACUGAACCAGUCGGCCAUUUGACGUUCACGGAUCGGCGACAGACUGCGCCUCCCAGCAACAUGAACAACUCUGGCAUCAUGCCCCAAGAAAAGAUGGAGCUGGAUCUGGAGAUCCCAUCCUCCUUAGUCCAGGUCGAUGGACCCCUGAGGAGAUCCAACAGCGCUCCCAUGAUCAAUGGCUUGAGUGAUAACUCCCAGGUGUUCCACAGAGAGGUCCUACGCAGUCGCAGAAACAGCACCACAGUUGUCAACAGGCCCAACAUGGUCCCAUCGUCACCCAUCCGUGUCCCCAGCACCAGACUUCACCAGAUAAAACAAGAGGAGGGAGUGGAUGUCAUGAACAGGGAAACUGCACAUGAACGGGAAGUUCAAGCUGCCAUGCAGAUGAGCCACUCCUGGGAAGAAAGUCUUAGUCUGAGUGACAACGAUUUGGAGAAAGUGGCGUCUUCGUCGCCAAAGCGGAACGACUUUGUGCCCGUGUCGCCGGCACCAUCCCCAACCAGAGGAAUAAGAAAGAAGCAGUGUUUCUCUCCUUCGCUCCAAAUCCUGGUGAGCUGCAACGGUUUGACGCCCAGCCCGAUACCCAGCCCCACACGCAGGUUCAGCAGGCGAAGUCAGAGUCCGAUCAACUGCAUCCGAGCCAGCAUUCUGGGCCCAAUGAAGCGUAAAGGUGAGAUGGAGACAGAGAGUCAACCAAAGAGACUCUUCCAGGGCACCACUACCAUGCUGUCUUCAGACGCCUCCAAUCUGUCAGAUCUCAGUUCCUGUCACUCACCAGACCUGCUGGACGGCAGUCUGAGCAGCAUCAGCUCCUCCACCGACUCCCCGGGGAAGAUGGAGGGCGUGUCCCCUUCCUCGUCCAGCAACUCUCCCUUCGCCUCGCUGCAGGAUCUGUCCCCGAAGUGAAGGCAGCAGAUAACAUGAAGGAGAACGGGACCCUCCCCGUUGAGAGGGACGCGGUUUGUGGGGGUCCAGACCCCCGCCCCCCCUCCUCCCCUCUCAGCGCAUCCGUUCAUUUCUGUGAGUUCACCAUAAUUUCCUCACGGCUGCUUUUCAUGAACUCGUCUGAGGUUGGGGGUGGAGGGAAUGACUGAAGACACUGUGAGCACCAGCUGCUAGUUGGGUGUGUUGGAUGGUGCUUUGCUUCAUAGUGGAGUCGUCGCUAAAACUGGCUUUCCUGCACACCUGUCCCACCAGUGACCACACGAGCACUGGACAAGACAUUUUGGAUGUGUACAUUUCCCUGUUAUGUGCUGGAAAGGCUUCUUUCUGUCGAAAGUCUGCAGAUUUUUUUGUAAAAAAACAAACAAAAAAUAUUUAACUUAUUUUGUCUUUUUGCUUUGUAUUGAUGUACAUAUGGUCAUAUUUAGUUUGGCGUCGCGUUUCUCUGCGGGCUACAUCUAUGGAGAGUUCCUGUCGUACUUUAAGAAGUGUGGAGAAAGUUUCCAGAAUAUUUUUUAUCAGCUGUGAACUGUGGUGUUUUGUUUUUUUAUUUUUUCCCAUGAUGCCCCACUCCCCACCUUCAAAUGAAAUGUGGUCAUUCCAGGUUCGACACUAAAGCUAUCCUGCUUUUUUUCCAGUUCUUUUCCCAGGAUGAGAAUGAAUUAGUUCUUUCUGGCAAAGUGUUCUUAUUUAUAAAGAGAAAAAAAUAGUAAAAUUUGGUGAUGAUAGAGUUCAAACUGCUGUGAUGGAAAAAUCAAAUGCAUAUAUCUAUAAAUAUGUAAAGCAAGAAUGAGUUGAGGUUGUGCCAUCAGCUGCUGUGGUUAUGUUGAUCAAAAAAAAGAAAACUUGCUGCACAGGAUGCUGCAAGUGUUUCAGUUGGUGUCUUAAGAAGCGAAAACAUCCCAACUAUUGUGGGGGGGUUUAAGCUUGCACUGUGACAUUUGCACCGCCGUCAGUCGCCAUGGCAACCUGGUCCCCACCUGUGUAACUUUCCCAAACCUUUUAAGGCUCCGUAACAUGUUUAUAUGUAAAAAAGAGGAAGUGAUUGUAAAUCAUUGUAUGAAAGUGUGCGCUUUUAUUUAAAGAUUUUUUUUUUUUGUAUUGAAUGUCUGCUUUAUUCUGACUCAUGAAGUGGCACAAGGUCUGUUGUUUUUUUUUUUUUUCUCCACUAAAAUUCUUUCAUUUUUUUGACCCAUCCUGCAAAGUGUUGAAGGCAGCAGUUUUGUGGUUGUAUGUCUGACUCAAACUUUGCUGCCUUCGCUUGCGUUCUGUCAGACGUCAGGAGUUAAUAAAUUAUUUCAUGGUUUGGCUGGAAA